AUUCAUUGCUUUGUGAGUGAGAGAGGUAAAGAAAGAUUGUAAGUGAGGAAGAAGAAGCAGAAGAAGAGGAGGUUCCUGAAAUAUGGCGACUCACAGUCACAGAAAAAGAAAAACAGCGCAGGAAUCAAUCUCUACUAGCAAAAAAACGAAGGAAUCGUCCAACUGCUUCUGCGAGAUUUGCGCCGAGAAGAAAGAACCCCAGGAGAUGUUCCGAAUCGACAGUUGCGCCCACUCCUUCUGCUCCAACUGCAUCAGCCGGCACGUCGCCGCUAAAAUCAGAGAGAAUGCAACGGCGGUUCGAUGCCCCGCCGUUGACUGCGGCACCCUGCUGGAACUCGAAACCUGCCGGUUGAGGAUUUCCGCCCAAGUGGUGGCCCGGUGGGACGAGUUGCUGUGCGAAUCGGUGAUUCCGGCUGCCAAGAAGUUCUACUGUCCGUUCAAGGACUGUUCGGCGUUGCUGCUGAAUGACGGAGACGGAGUGGUGAGGCAAUCGGAGUGUCCGAUUUGCCAUAGAUUGUUCUGCGCCCAGUGCGCCGUGCCGUGGCACGGAGAGAUCGCGUGCGAGGAGUUUCAGGGAUUGAACCAAGAUGAAAGGGGGAGAGAAGAUUUGAUGAUGAGAGAAUUGGCGAAGAGUAAGGGCUGGAAGAGAUGCCCUCAAUGUAAAUACUAUGUGGAGAAAACAGAGGGUUGCCUCCACAUGACUUGCAGGUGUAGAUUUCAGUUCUGCUAUGCAUGUGGAGCAACUUGGAGCCAGAUUCAUGGGGCUGAAUGCCAGAGGCCAUAAUCGCAAUAUUCUGGUCUAAGAUGUCCUUGCUGGUGCUUUUAACUUGUUUUCUUUUGUUCUCCAUCUCAUCUCUUUCAGGCAAGAGCACAGACAGAAUGAACACACUCUCUCUCUCUCUCUCUCUCUCUCUCUCUCUCUCUCUGAGUAUGUAUAUGUGUGUGUGGAAGCGUUUCGUACUUGUGUUCGUGCUGGAUGUGGAAUUGUAAUUUGUUAUGUGGACGUUACUGGGCUGUAAAGUGAUUGGGAUGGAAGUUCUUUCCUUGUUUAGUUUGUGAUUUUUUUUUUUUUUUUCUCAAUUACUGGUUUGAGAUUUGAAUUAGUUCGUAGGAGUUGUUCAAUUUGGUUCACCAAAAAGAAUUUCAGAAAUCUUGCCUGCUGCAUUUAGUUCGCUGUGUAUUCAUGUAAAUUUGGUCGCAUUGUUGGAUUAUUAAUUACAGUGAAAAA